UAGUGUAAAUUGUAUAAAUGACAGCUCGAUUUUCCCGCUUGCAACAUGUAAACAACAGUGUUUACUCUUUUCACCCCCCCGCCUCUUGUCUUCUGACGUACUUCACAAGGGACCGCCCCUCCUCUGUCUCUCAGUCACGCAGCAGCUACGUGUGAGCGUAAAAAAUAGAAACUUCCAAGAUGGCCGAGUCCGUAGGUUCCAUGCAUUUCUCAGCUAAUGGCAAAACAAAUCCCCCAAACCCCUUGGUACCCAAAAUACCGCCAGAGAGUCGACUACAGUCUUCCAAUGAUGUCUACCCUCCACCGCCAAAGAAAGUCCGAAUCGAGGAGAAGAGUUUGAAACACAAUAAAUUGAACGGGGACUUAGUGUGUGCAGGGGAAAAACACAACGGGAAGCAGAGUUAUGGAAGCCCAGCGAAAUGGAGUUUCGGCCCGGCCAAGCCGAGCAACUCCACCGCGCCAGCUCUCACACGAAAGAUCUUCAAGAUCAGCAACUUUCUCGCCUCUCCUGCGAAAGUGAAGAAGCCGAAUGAGAAACGGCACAAGGAAAAGGAGAAGAGUGCUAAAACGCAGAGUUCACUCAUGGAGAAAGUGAACCCUGGGAGUUGCCAUACAAAGACGGAGAACGGUGAUACAGCGUGUGACCACACUGGCAAAGAUGAGCAAGAGAAGAAAAAGGAGAGUGAUAAAGAGAGGGACAGGGAGAAGAACCACCAGGUUAUGGUUGUGAAUAAAAGGGAGAACGGAGAGGUGAAAUCUCCACUGAAAGAAUCAACAGAGAAGCCAAAAGUCAACACGGAGGACGAGCUCCUCUUGAAAAAGCUAAAGAAGAAGAAGAAAAAGAAGCACAAAGACUGCGAGAGGGAAAGACGCAGCCGUCCCAAGAUGUACCACCGCUCCAGUCAGACGGUGUGUUCUGGUGUGUCUGUGGACCUGCCGGACCUGCUCAACACACAAGACAGGAGUAACUACAUCACCAAUAACAGUUUCUUCCACACCUUCCCAAGUCCCCAUCAGGAUCCUUCCAGCACCACCACUACUACCUCCGUGUCCACCUCCACUGCCUCCAUGGUCAGGGAGAGGUUGGGCUAUGGCUCCCCCCUCCACAGUGCCCAGUCCCAGGGCAUGUCAGGGCUGGAGUUUGGCCGUCUGAUCCACGUGGAGCAGCAGGCCAACGGAGGAGCCUCGGUGGCCCACGCCUACUGCCAGCAGCUGGCUUGUCUCUCCCCGGCCGAGAUGCAGCGCUUCGCCCAGGAAUUUGUCACCCUGUCAUUCAGCGAGGACCAAGCUGAAGCGGCCCACUACGUCAUGGGCAUCAUCCAUGGAGCGGCCUCCUACCUACCAGACUUUCUGGACUACUUCUCCUACAAGUUCCCCAAUGCGCCGGUCAAGAUGGAGGUGCUGGGGAAGAAGGAUAUAGAGACCACCACCAUGGCCAACUUCCACACUCAGGUGAAGCGUACCUACUCCCAGGGGACGUACCGUGCGGGGGCCAUGCGGCAGGUCAGCCUGGUGGGGGCCGUGGACGAGGAGGUGGGAGACUACUUCCCCGAGUUCAUCAACAUGCUGGAGGAAUCUCCCUUCCUAGAGCGUACCCUGCCCUGGGGCACGUUCUCCAGCCUGCGCCUGAGGAGCCCCACAGAGAGUGACGACGGACCCAUCAUGUGGGUCAGACCAGGGGAACAGAUGAUCCCUGUGGCUGACAUUCCAAAGUCCCCCUUCAAGAGAAAGAGGUCAACCAAUGAGAUCAAGAACCUGCAGUACCUGCCACGGGCCAGCGAGCCCAGGGAGAUGCUAUUUGAGGACCGGACCAGAGCCCACGCCGACCACAUCGGACAGGGCUUCGAGAGACAGACCACCGCCGCCGUGGGGGUGCUCAAGGCCGUGCGCUGCGGAGAGGGUGAUGCUCCUGCCAGGGUAACCAAAGACGUGGUGUGUUUCCACGCUGGAGAUUUCCCAGAGGUGGUCCAGAGGCUCCAGCUAGACCUGUACGAACCACCCCUCUCACAGUGUGUGCAGUGGAUAGAUGAUGCCAAGCUAAACCAGCUGAGGAGAGAGGGCAUCCGCUAUGCCCGUAUCCAGCUCUACCACGACGACAUCUACUUCAUCCCCAGGGGAGUGGUGCACCAGUUCAAGACUGUGUCUGCUGUCUGCAGCCUGGCCUGGCACAUCCGCCUCAGACAAUACCACCUGGACCAAGAGAGGGAGGAGGAGAGCUGUACUUCUACAAGGGCAACAAGUGAAGUCAUAGAGGAGGAGGAAGAAACAGAGGAGAGUGAGGAGGAAUGGGGGAAAGAGGAGGACACUCCUACACAGCCACGGACGCAGGUGAAGACUGAGGAAAAGGAAGAGGGAGGGGAACGGACACCCGUACAGGAGCCGCCACUAGUUUGCAAGGAGGAAGACGACACAGAGGAAGAGAAGGGAGGGGAGAGAGGAGGGUGUACACCUACACUGACAUUACCUUUGGUCAAGGAGGAGAGAGUGGAAGGAAACCGACUCACAGAGACACUACUGGAAGUCAAGGAGAGAAAGGAGGUUGACGAGCAUCACAAGAUAGAAGAGAUGGAGAGAAAAGGAGCAAGAGAUGUCAGUACAUCCACACAGAUGGCACCACAAGUGCAGAGGGAGGGAGAGAGAGAUGAAGAUAUGGAACUCUCAAAGGCAUCACAGCAGGCUGGGAUAAAGAGAGAGGAGGAAGAAAGACACCGCAGGACACCUCCACACAUCCAGAAAGAAAGAGAGAGGGGACAGGAUGGUAGCACAGCCACACAAACACCACCAGUCCAGAAAGAAAGAGAGAGGGGAAAGGAUGGUAGCACAGCGACACAAACACCACCAGUCCAGAAAGAAAGAGAGAGGGGAAAGGAUGGUAGCACAGCCACACAAACACCACCAGUCCAGAAAGAAAGAGAGAGGGGAAAGGAUGGUAGCACAGCCACACAAACACCACCAGUCCAGAAAGAAAGAGAGAGGGGAAAGGAUGGUAGCACAGCGACACAAACACCACCAGUCCAGAAAGAAAGAGAGAGGGGAAAGGAUGGUAGCACAGCCACACAAACACCACCAGUCCAGAAAGAAAGAGAGAGGGGAAAGGAUGGUAGCACAGCCACACAAACACCACCAGUCCAGAAAGAAAGAGAGAGUGGAAAGGAUGGUAGCACAGCCACACAAACACCACCAGUCAAGAAAGGGAAGGGGAAAGAUUUGGAGAAAGAUGGAAAAGAGAAAGAGGAGAGGGUGAAAGAUAAGGAGAAACUGGAGAGGAUGAAAGAGAAGGAGAAAGUAGAGAGGGUGAAAGAUAAAGAGAAGGAGAGAGUGAAAGAGGAGCGGGAGAAAGAUAAGAAAGAGAGGGUUAAAGAUAAGGACAGAGAAAGGGAGAGAGGGAAAGAUGGAGAGAAGGUGAAGGGGAAAGAUGAGAGUGUGAUGGAAAGCACCACACAAACACAGACGUCACCACCCAUUAGGAAAAAGGAGGAUGAGGAGAGGAAACACACACAUCCAUCCCAACACGCCCAGAAGGAGGAGAAGGGAAUGAGGGAGGCAGACACAGCCUCAAAGACACAACCUCAAAUCAAAAAGGAACGAGACAGGGACAGAGGUGGUAGUAGUACACAGACACAGUCUCACACACGACUAGAGAGAGAGGAGGGCAGAGAGAGCAGCACACAUGGACACAAACCCACACAUGGAAAGAAGGAGAGAAAUGGGUACAGGGAGGGGAAAGAGGGUAACCCAUCCAUACACACUUCACACACCAAGCCAGGGAGAGAGGAGGAUGGAAAGGCUGUCACUUCUAGAAACACACUGUCUCAUGUGAAGAAGGAGGGGAAGAGGGAUAGAGGGGUCAACCAUAAGGAGGAAAGAAAGAAACCGCCCCCUGCCCCUAGCUGCCCCCCCCCUCGGACCACAAACCCCCACGAACGCUUGUAACCUUUGACCUCUUUAAGCCUAUGGAGGCAUUUCAAGCCCCGCCCCUCUCCCUGGCAGACAAGUCUCACCACCACAGUGACUGUCGAGGUGCUCUCUCCAAGUCCGAGAGCCGGACGCUAGCGCCCUCUAAAGGACCAAAAGUAAAGGACACGACACAGACCAAACCUGCAGUUCCUCUCCAGGACACACGGCCGCAGCACUCCCUAAAACACCCCAUGAAACCACACACCACACACGCACAGCAGAAAGCCUUUUUAUUAUGAAUGUGUAGUUUUCUCUCUCUUACUUAGCCUGCUCCCAGAUCUGUUGCUGCUUCAGACAUACUAUCAUUGUCAUGCCAUAGUACAUAUACAGAGGAGUUGAAUUGGCUAAAGCGCAUACCGAUCUGGGACCUAACCCUGUUCGAAAACUUUGAAAAUCCUUUCCUUUCCUCCAUUCCUUGAAGUAAUCACUGAUCUAACACAGUUGGGUAGGUAAACGCAAAUGUUCCACCACGUAGCUCAUACCAAUAGUCAUGUCAGCAUCAGAUCUGAGGAAGGAUGCAUUUCAUAGCAUCCGAAGAGGGCUAAAGUAAGAAUUUACGCUAAGUAGCUCACUUUACGUUUGUUAGUGAAUGUACGUAGGUUCUUUAUAUGAAAACCGUUGUGACCUGUGCACUACAUAGCUACACUAUUCUCUUAGAGCACCUACUCUAGGUACUAUACGACUCCCAAAACAGCCCCAUGGUUCCUUUGUCUUCUCCUAGCCUUUCCUACUUUGAAGUUUGCAGAUCUGACAGGACCAGAUUGGUGUACUUUGGCAAUAAGGUGCCCCAUCUAGACAGAAUUUCAAAUCGAUUCAAACUCCCAAUCCCUUAGUCUACACUAGACUAUACAGAAGUGGGUAGUAGGGGAUAGGCGUCUAUUUUAAAUAGAGAACUAGCCUGCCUGUAUGCUAUGGGGAGCUUCUACCACGUUCCUUAUACCUAUCCAGGCACUUCAGUUCUGCCAACACUGAAGGGCUCAGAGCUAGGGGUUGUUUUUGGACCAGGCUUACAUGUAUGAUUCAAUACAGGGCUGUAAAUGAUAUGUACCGAAUCUGUACAGUAUGGAUGUACUAGUACUGAUGUGAGAAAAUGUAUACAGAAAUGCAUAUAUUUUUUGUAAGACAAGUUUUAUUUUCCAUAGAACGUAUUUAUCAUUUUAUGUAUUUUUUUGUUCAGAUGUAUGUGAGAAACUCUUGUAAAUACCUUUUAUUUCCUAAAAUUAAGACUUGGUAGUGUGAUUUAUACUUUGACCAGAACCUCUCAAUAAAAGGUUCCUAAUAUUA